AUCGAAGAUGAUGGAGAGGGCUAUUGGCGGCUGUAGCGGGCUGUUUCCGCCUCUCCUGUGGGAGGACUAAGUUUGAAAAGGUUGCGAACUUCAGGUUCUUUCCAAUGGCACCGCUUUUUGAUGCCAGAAGAGCGGUGACGAGAUAUCUAGUGUCCAUGGCAGUUUACCAUCCGCUACGAGCAUCUAGAAGUCAAGGGCAUGAAUAACGCCUGUAGAGGUGCAGAUUAUCGAUCCGUCCAGCCUCGGAGGUCUGACCUCUUGCAUGCCACGCAGCCUGGUCCGGACAGCCAGUCAGUCUCAGCAUUGUCUAAUUGUAGCGACCUCAGCCUUCCAAGGACUUCUUUCCGCCAAUCCGCUCGCUGGGUCUCUUCUUGGAGGCGUUGGGGGCGGGACAAAGACCCAGAUGGACUCGGACCUAGUGGCCAGCGUCUCAAUGAAUCAAGGUCGAAUCGGGCAGGCCGUGGCAAAAAGGGACGAUCCGAGUGGCCCGGAACGCCAGCGAAGCCAGAACCCGGCUUCCAUGCCAAAGGAAGAGCUGACAAAAAGUAGGAAGUACAAAAGACUGAGAGAAACAUUCACCGUCGGAUGAAACUAGAGUUGGGAUGAC